AUGGCAUUGAUUAAUAACAAUUCGUUUGAUGAUGAAUUAGAUGAAUCAGAUGACUCAUCCAAUUUCUUGGAAUUGAUCCACGCAGAUAAAGGACAACUACGAAGGACCACUUAUGAAUGUACCAAAUCCGGUUCACAUAUUUCACAAGUUACAUCAAAUCGGAUCAAGAGGUUUGAUGCAAUUUAUAAUACAAAUCGAUUUCAGAUGAUGUUUUGUAUUAUAGCUGUAACUGAUAGUAAUUAUGGAACUAGAAUUAUUGCAAAUACUUUUCCUAAUGUUCAAUAUUUAUCAUGCAUCCUUGAAUCUUCAAAAAAAAGCUCAAAGGAAAAUAUGGCAGUCACAGUAAAAUACUUGCCUGAAAUACUUUAUAUUGCUAUAGAAUCAUGGGCAAUACCUUGUAUAUAUAAUCAUUUUAUGCAAAGGGUUGAAUCGAUCGAUAGGGAUAUACAUGACAUAGUAGACUGUUCUACAUCAUUAUCCAAUUUGGUAAAUAAAACAAAUAUUGAAGCCAGAGAACAGGAACAGGAGAUACAACAAAUAAUUUUUAGUUCAUUGGCUAGAACUAUAUCUCAAGAAGCAAUUCUAGAAACCAAUUCAUAUAGUUCUCAACGAUUAAUAAAAUCAAAUAAAGCAAUAUAUGCAGAAUUAUUUGGACUAUUAAGAAAACUAAUCGACCAUGUUAUUAAGGUUAAUUUGGAACAAGAAUUAUUGAACAAAUUUAAAAUGUUAAUUUAUGAUAGUCAGAAUGAAAAUUAA